AUGGAAGAGGGAGAAGAAGUAGACAUUGACGUUCUGGUGGAUCAUUAUCUCAGAGCCACCACACCGCUCCUGCAGGAAACAAGAGCAACUCAGGAUUCGUGGCAGCAGCAGGAGGAGGAGGAGGCGAGCAAGGAAAUAAUACGGCGGCCCCACAGCACUAGCGGAAAGAACUACAACACCGAAAACAGUCGUGACGAAUGUGUUGACUACAUCAGUAAUAGUGAUGACGAUAAUAAGAAUGAAGAGGAGGAGGAUAUUGAGGCUCUGGUGGAGGGCAUUCUGCACGGAGAACAGCACCACAACAGCAGCACCAGACUCCCACAUUUGAAUGAGAAUAGGAAACUGGAGGAGGAGGAGGAGGAGGAAAAUGAGCAGCACUCGCCGCUGCCGCAGCGAGUCGCUGCAGACCGCCGGCUCUAUCGUCAUGCACACUCCGCCUCCUCGCAGCGCAGCGGCGGCGGCGGCGGCGGCGACGGCGAC